CCUGACCUUUUUCAACUCACACUGCCUCAGACGGCCACCAAGCAGCUGAAGAGAGAGCAGCCAGACGGAUCCAUCAUGUCCGACAAACCAGAUUUUGCAGAAAUUGAAACGUUUGACAAGACCAAGCUGAAGAAGACAGAAACCAGAGAGAAAAACCCACUGCCCACUAAAGAAACUAUCGAACAGGAAAAGCAAAGUGAAAGUACAGCCUGAGCACAAAAUUGAAGAUGUGACUGCUGCUUCUUCAGUGGGGUUUUGGCUUCUGAGUUGGGCUGUUGUUUUAUUUGGUCCCUCCCACCCCAUAUUGGUUUCCCAUUUAUUUUAGGAAACAUUUGUUCAUUUAAUGUUCCCUGGAGAAGUUUGUUUUGUGUUUUUUGAAGAAGAUACUAUGUAUUUGUAUUCUUGAAAUUUUAAUUCCAAGUUCUGUAUCAACCCCAUUACUUGGCAAAAAAAAAAAAAAGAGCAAUUUGCAUAGAAAUU